AUGGCCGACUUCCCAGAAAAAUCCCUCUUGGCUGCCGUGCGCUCGCAGCUCACCCUCGAUUCGGACUCUGAUCAGUCCUCGUCGCCAGCCCACAAUGACCAAGAGCCAUUCCCUGUCUACGAGGAGUCUGCUGCUGUGGAUGUGCAGCACGAGGAAGCCUACAAGUACGCCUUCGCCAAAGCCGUGCAGGACCAGAUCCGCAGCCAGCAAGUCGACCCCAAAAUCGUCCCCAUCUCCCUCGCCACAGAAAAUGGCCACUCCAUGCAGACCCAGGCCCUUGACGCCAUCAAGGAACUGCUGUCUCUGCCACAGCUGCGCAAGCAGACCCGCGACCGCUUCAUUGCUCUCACCAACAUGACUCUCCGCCUCAACCACGUUCUCUUCUGCCGCGGCGAUGACUUCCUGGCUCCACGCGAGACUACCGACGCCAAGGACCUCGCCUCCACCAUCCUGAUGUACCUGGCGUGGAUGGACGAGAUGCUGCAGGAACAUCUGCAGACGGCCAGCCAGGUCGCGUUCAUCGUGGGCCAGAUUUCCCAGGAAGAGGAGGUGACGGUGUACGUGCGAUACCGGCGCAUGGCCAGCGUAGUGACAGUCCAUCUCAAAAAGCCUCGCCCCCUCGAACGCCGCCUGCUGACCCUGUACCUGGAGCUGUACGAGGGAUGGGUGCACACGGCCUUUCUCCAUCGUCGCAACCGUCAGAUUCUGCAAGAAGAAAAACCCAAUCCGGACCGGCUCGAACUGUCUCGCUUUCUCCUCGCCAUCUGGGAUGUCAUGACGCGCUGCAUUGAGAAUUAUGCCGUGUACACAUCCACCACGCGCGAUAUCCGCGAGAAGUACUUUACGCCGGCUCUGCAGCAGCUUUGCGAUUCGGCCGAGGUGUGGGAGCAGUGCUUCGAGGUGCAUGCGGCACAGUAG